AUGUCAAGUCAAAUAAUCUGUGGAGGAUGCAGAGUGAUAAUACCUGAUAGGAGGUAUCUCUCAUGUAGCGGGUGCAAGCAAUGUUAUGAUUUGGUGGGCGCUAAUGUGUCGGAGCAACGUUUCUAUAAUACGCUUACGAGAGAACAUAGGGAUGCAUGGAAAUGUGUAGUAUGUCAGAGUAAGCAGCCAAAGACGGACAAAACCAACACCCCUGCUCGUGCUGCGGAUUUCUUUACGGUGCUGCGUGGAGCUGCAACGAAAAGUCCUUUGCAGCUGGACUUAUCUAUAGUAGAGCAACUGGAAUCUCAGGAGGUACUUAACGACACGCAUCAUAACAUUACUAUUGAGAUGAGUGAUUUUCAAUCGUUUGUUUUGGAGAUGCGAUCCUUUAGAGAUGAAAUUCGGGAACAGUUGCUUAACAAUCGUGUUUACACUGAACGUCUAAAUGAUACUUUGGUUGCUUUAUCGGACAGAAUAGUGGAAUGUGAAAACCGAGUUACAAAAUUUGAAAAAAAAAAAAGAUGA